AGGCUAGGAAUGACGCACAACGAGAAAAGACAACAUUGGCUUAAGGAAGGCGCGAUUGGUCUCGGCACAGGGGUCCUAUAUGGUGUCACGUCGGUCGCCGUGGGCCAUCCCUUCGACACGAUCAAGACCAAAAUGCAAGCUCAAGAAGGAUUCAUAAAAGGCCCUGGGAUGGUAAGAUCCUUCAGCACCGUAUUGAAGACGCAGGGUCUACCGGGGUUAUACAAGGGUGCGCUUCCUCCUCUCCUCGGCAGUGGAGUCUAUCGCUCCACCCAAUUCGCCGUCUUCGAGGCCCUCUAUACCAAAUGGGACAAUGAGGUGGGCCGGGAGGAAAUCCCACACACGCAGGGGGUCCAGGUGCGGGUGGUGGGUGCAGCCGUGGCAGCGGCCACGGCGCGGUCGUUGUUGGAAUGCCCUAUAGAGUUUGCGAAGGUGGCGAGACAGACGGGGCAGGACUGGAAGCUGGGGCAGGUGUACAGAGGCUUCGGCUUGCAGCUGGGCCGCACAGGAGGCGUAAUGACCACGUAUUUCGUCACCGUCGACGCGAUCCGACGGCAUCAUCCUUCGGUGUUCGAGACCAAAAUUGGGCAAUUUCUCGCGUCAGCUGGUGCGGCAACGUUCGGCUUUUGGGUAGUCUGGCCGCUUGAAGUGCUGAAAAACCAGGUUCAAGCCGGCACCCCCGUGGGUCCGCGGGGCAGGGAGGCCACCCUGGUCGACAGGGUGCUGGCCCUUGGGAGGGGGGGCCUCGCGGGGCUGUACAGGGGAAUCUUGCCCGGUACGGAGCUCUGA